UCAGACACAACCAUCUGUCGCUUCCUCCUAGCGAGGAACUGGAGCACGGAACAACUAGGAACUGGAGCACGGAACAAGCGGCCAAGGGUCUCAAGGAAACUGUCAAGUGGAGGCGCGAGUACAGGCCGGAAGCAAUUUCCUGGGAAGACAUUGCAGAAAAGGAGGACGAGGCCAAGAGAAUACAUGUAGCCAACUGCGUUGACAAGAAUGGAAGAAGUGUCCUCAUAUUAAACAUGUCAAUCAAGUCUAAAGUUUCUUUGAAGGACCAGAUAAAGCACAUGGUAUAUCUCCUAGAGCAUCUGGCCAUGAGCUCAGCACAUGAAAAAGAUGACUAUGGUGUUUGGAUAAUUGACGUCCGAGGCUGGUCAAUAGCGAGUACGCCAUUCUCCACGACCCGUGAAUGCCUGCACAUUAUCCAAACCUAUUGCCCAGGGUUGAUAGCCGUCGCGAUUAUUUUCGACCCUCCAAGGAUUUUUGAAUCUUUUUGGAAGAUAACUAAGAGCCUCCUCGACGCAAACAUGAGAGAUAAAGUGAAGUUUUUGUAUGCUAGCAAACCGGACAGUAUGAAGACAAUGGAAGAGCUCUUUGACAAGGAUACACUGGAGGCUUCUUCGUUUGGUGGAAGAAGCACCAGUGCUACGUUUGACAUCAACAAGUACGCCGAGAGAAUGAGAGGAGCCGACAAGAUGAGAGGAGAAUCUAGAAAUGCAAAUGGCUGCAACUGAUCUCCCUGACCAUAACUGAAUUCAAGUUCUUCUGAGCCGCGCCUACAUGCACAUCCGGAAACUGAACAUUUGUACUUUUGGUUGCUAAAAUUUGAACUUAUGUAGUGAUUUUAUUAUUUUUCUCACACUUCACAUGGACUGUGCACAUCUGGAAACUGAAUAUAUAUUCUUUCUGUUGUUACCA